AUGAGUGCAUAUUCCAGCUGGGACGGAUUUGGGAAUCAUAUUCCUUGUGGAACCGCCUGUGUACCACCACAAGACUGUGGAGCGUACAGGCCUGACUUGCCCUUCCCCAACCCCGAGACCUUGAAGUGUGAAAGUUGCCCUUCGGAUGGAUGUGAAGAAUGUAACUAUGUCGAAAUCGAUGGGCAAGCGACGACCUUGCAAUGCACGCGAUGCAAAGAAGGCUUUGCACUCGAGAAGGAUGGUCUUUGCACAUAUCUUCUGGACAAGCUUCUUCUGAAGACCUACUUAGUACUUGGUGCCAUUCUUGGAAUCCUCUUGGCCAUUGCAGCAUUGCUCAGCAUCACUUGCAACAAGAACUCAGAAUCGCUGACGAGGGGUUUGGAACACCGUGAGAGAUGCUUGCCUCACGAUGUGGAAACCAAAGCGGCCAUCCCUGACCGGCAUGCAGCACCAGGAUCUGAGAUCUAUUACGCGCGAGCACCUUUGUACCCCUUGAACGUGAAUGUUCAUUCCCGCAACAUCGUGGGAGUCGGCCUGGCCCUUUACUACAACCACUUGAUUUUCGUAGGGGCUGUAGCAUUGAUUGGCUGGUCACUUUUGAGAUUCUCAGAAGGCUUGUUUGGCAUGCAGCAGUGGGAUACCUUGCAAUGUGGCUAUGGUGGUAAUGAAGAAUCCGAGGCCGCGGUAAUCGGCUAUGCCCGGAGGCGCGCCUUGAUUGCGCUCUUCCUGUGGCUGGCGAUUCUGCCCGCCUCCAUCAUCUUUGCGCGAUGGCAGGCAUCCGCCGCGCGCACCUAUGACCGGGUGCACACGCGAAUGGAAGACUAUUGCUUUGGUCUGUCAGGGCUUCCACCGGAUGCCACCAAUCCCGUGGAGCUCCAGAGAUGGAUCGAGGAGAAGUUUGGGCGGCCCAUCGAAGGGGUCUCGAUCUGUUACGAUAUCCGUGGCAAGACCAACUGCUUAGGUUUCAACAAUGGAGAGCUGCGUCAUCUGAUCGUGAAGAAACUCGACGAGCACUUGCAGCAGCAGGAGGAGACUUUCACUGCUGCCUUGGGUGUGCCGGGCAGCCGGCGGCGGACGGUGCGACAUUCCCCAAGCAAGCUGCCUGCCCUCCUAGAGGGCGAGGAGGGCGACGAGACGUCUUUAGAUCCUUCCAGCACUCAGACGUGGUUGUCGGAGAUGAGAUGUAGUGGUGAAGCCUUUGUAGUGAUGAAACAGGAAGCAGAUGUGGAAUCCUUCUUUUCCAGUUGGGACCAGCCAAGGGGCUUGCAACGCACCGGCUCCUUCUUUUCCUUCCACGACGGCUCGCCGGUGCCCAACGCACUCUCGCCGUCGUCUUCCACCAAGAAGACCCGCCGGGACCGCAGCUUCCGCGGCUGCGAGCUGGAGAUCCGCGAGGUCACCAGUGAGCCCACGUCGAUCAUCUGGGAACACAUGGGCACCACCCAUCUCCAACUGGCCGUUCGGAUUGGCAUCGGGCUCAUCGGCUUCCUGCUGGCGAUUGCGGUCUUCUACGGCGGGGUGUAUAUUCCGCUCACCACCUCCGUGGUGCGCUACGCCCAGAAAGCCGGCAAACCGCCGUCGCCCUUUCAGACAUCUGGCUUGGGAAUUGUGGUUGGCGUUGGCAACAACCUCAUUGCGAACCUCUUGUGGCUAGGCGUGCCGUGCAUUGGCUUCAAGCGAAAAGAUCAAGCUGAUAUAGUAACCUUUGCAGCGCGAACCUUGCUCGUUCUGUUGAACACCUUCAGCCUGGUUCUGCUCACCGCGCAAAAGCUCGCGGCAGUGGGGCAACCUGAGAAAAAUAUGUUUGCUACAGCUGGAAGAACGCUUGAAAGAUCUGCGGAGCUAUCGCGAGAAGCCUCUCUUGCAGAUGCAGUCUUGAAAAUGUUCCUCACAGGGACUUUUUCAUCGUGUAUCUUCUCCUUCUGCUUUGUCCCAUUGACUCUUUGGCAGGCCGUGUUUGUGAUCCGCACGGGGUUGAUGGGUUCAUCGAUGUCGGGCCGUGAUUGUGAGAAGAUGCUCCAACCGGAUGAGAUUUGGUUGCCUUGGGACUAUGCUAGUCAUAUUCAGCUGACCUGCUGUGCAUUCUUCCCUCUGGUUCUGGCUGAGCCACCAGGCUCAUGUGCAUCCCGGGUCUUAUGCGCUGCUUUGGUCCUGUGGUGCUGCGUGAUGUAUUGUGCGCAGCGCAUCAUCCAUUUCAGGGCAUCAAAGGAGACCUUCUUCACCACUCCUCGGCUAGAUAAAGCGGUCUUGGCUGGUUGGGCACUGCCCGUCUCGCAGCUUGCGGUGACCUCUGCUGCGUGGGUUUGUAGAGCCUUGAAGUUCGAGCUGAUCGCCUCGAUCCCGAUUUGUGUGGCCACCUUCCUGGCCAGCUGUGCGUUCUAUCUGUUCUUGCUGUCCAAGGCUCUGAACCACCACCACAGCAUUCGUUUCCUCUACGCGACUAGAAGCGAGUCGUACAAAGCAGCACUUGCCAGACUUCGCUAUAGCUACUUCAACACCAAUCCCAUCCAUGUGCUCAUGGCCCAGCACUCGCCAGAAGUUGGCCUGCAGCCGACCACCUGGUAUGAGGCUGGAAAGUCCUACUUGCAAGCAGUUGAUCCCAAGAAGGAUGCUCGAUUGGAAGCCUCUCGGGCCCUUGCAGAACAGGCAGAGGACACUCAAAAGCGUCCAAGAUCCUUUGUGUCCCGCAUGGUCUACAAGGCUCGCGUUUGGUUUACUGGAGCACCGAAGCAUGCAUACCAAGCUCUUGAUGAAACCAUUGAGACCGAGUAG